CCCAGAGAGCGACCAGGAUCAUGGCGGAUGGCCCCAGGUGUAAGCGCAGAAAGCAGGCGAACCCAAAGCGAAGCAGCGUGCCAAACUUCAAUAACGGCUUGGAGGCCAGUUCAGACUCAGACGAUGAAGACAAGCUGCACAUCGUGGAGGACGAGAGCCAGGAGAGGCCCCGCGCCCGAGCCGCCUUACCCCACAACGGAGCCUGCAACGGGGUGAAAGAGGAGUGCGUCUCGGAGGAGGGAGAGGAGGAGGACGGAGAGGAUGAAGCAGAGGAGGACGAGGGGGAGGACGGAGGAGAGGAGCCCGCAGACGGAGAGAAGGACGCUCUGGUGGAGGAGAUUCUACAGCAGGGAGACACCGCCAUCAUUUACCCAGAAGCCCCGGAGGAGGAGCGGGGAGCGGCGGAGACGGGAGGAGCCGACGAGAACGGUACUCCGGAUGCCCUCCCGCUGCACAUGUGCCCGUACUGCUCCAGGGGCUACAAACGAAACGCGUCUCUCAAAGAGCACAUCAAAUACCGACACGAGACCAACGACGACAACUACAGCUGCUCCCACUGCAGUUACACCUUCACCUACCGCUCGCAGCUCGAGAGACACAUGAGCCACCACCGGGGGGCGAAACUGGAGCCCCGCGUAAACCAGAAGAAACACACUCCGGGUUCAGGAGGAACGAGGAAGUUCAAAUGUAACGAAUGUUCCAAAGCCUUUAAAUACAAACACCACCUGAAGGAGCAUCUGCGCAUUCACAGCGGUGAGAAACCGUACGAAUGCUCCAACUGCCACAAGCGUUUCUCUCACUCGGGCUCGUACAGCUCCCACAUCAGCAGCAAAAAGUGCGCCCCCGCCCACUUCCCCAAUGGCCUGCACCACCCGCCCCUGAAACCCCACCAGAUCGCCGCCUCCUCCGCCCACGUCGCCAUCGCGCCCGCCAGGAACAUGGACAGCAAACCCCUCCAGGAGCACAUCCCCGUCACGCAAAUCAAAACCGAACCCGUGGAGGAGGACAUCAAACCCACCGUGGUCCCGCCCGUCAACGGGAUCAACAGGCCGGCGGUGGGGACGGGUUUGCCUCAAGGCGUCGCGAUGGUGCUUCCGACUGUGGGACUGAUGUCGCCGAUCGGGAUCAACCUCAACGAUUUGCAAAACGUUCUCGGGAAGGUGUUGGUGAACGGGACGCAAGGGAAGCAGGGGUUCGUGGUCCAGCAGCCGCAGCAGCAGAUCAUUAGUUUACCGGCGUUCGUGGAUCACGACGGGACGACAAAGAUCAUCAUCAACUACAGUAUUAGCCCGACCGCGGCGACGACGGCGAACACGCAGCCGGCUUCGAUUGUGGUGAAAAACAGCCCUCCGGUUGCGUCAGCGGUUCCCAUAGCAGCAGCGGCGCCGAUCCCGAGUAAAACGGAGCAGUCGUGCACGUCGGAUGUACAAGAAUUCCCGACGGAUUUGAGUAUUUCGAAAAAAGUGAAGGAAGAGCCGGUUUCGGAGCCGAUCUCGGACGAUUUGGGGAUCGUGAUCAGCAAAACGGAAUCGGUAGCGGAGAUGCCAAAAACGUCGGAUUGCUUAUUGUGCGACGAGUGUCCGGAGCAUUUAGAAGCGGUCCACCUGCUGCAGCAUCGCAAAGCGGCGAACUGUGAAGCCGUGGACAGCGCCGCGUUGGAUCCUUCUUUCGCGGAUUUACUGAGCGAAGCCGGAGUGGCGCUGGACGAGCCGAGCCCGGCGGACGACGUUCUGUCCGUGCUGAAAUCCGCGUACUCCUCCGACUCGCGGCCGAGUCACGCCGCGCUGGAAAAGCUGGCGGUGAAAGUGAGCAUACCCGUGGAGGUGGUACAGAAGUGGUUCGUGAAAAUGAACAAAGGCGGGAAGAAAGUCGCGGCGAAGAGUUUGGAGCAGGCGCAGGAUUUGUCGAUUAAAGGAAAAGUGGAUCGGAUAGACUUGGAUGAUGAGGAGGAAAAGGAGGAGCGCUUAGAGUCUAAAGACGAUUCGACGACGCGAGAAACUCCGAAAGCGGAUGGCGUAGCGAUAGAUGAACCAGAAAAUGAAGAAUCGAUGGAGGAAAGUGCGAAGGAAGGCGAUGCGCAAGAGGCCGAUGUUGCGAUGAAGGAACCCGCGAAAGAGAACGAAACGGAAAACGUGGAUGGCAAUUUGACAGCAGAAAAUUCUGACGUCGUAACGGCCGAAAACGCGAAGGAUUUAACGCAAGAGAAUUCGGAAUCUCUCAGCACUUCUCCAGCUCCUUCUAGCCCCAAAAACGAGUUCGCAAAUCACAAUCAAAACCGAACCGGAGAGCCAAGUGAGUCCGAUUCUACAGCCGAGCCACUGGACUUGUCGUUACCGAAAUCCGCAACUCCGGAACUCCCGAGCGAAACGAGUAAAGAAACCACCGCGACGGAAGAAAAAUCGCCGAAAGACAACAACAACGCCAAAUCGCAAAACCCGACGCAGACGGUCCAGCUGCUCCACAACUUGUCCAAACUGGAGACGACGCCGUUGAAUUUGGCGUGCAUCAGCAAAGACCAGCUGGAGCCGCGGGCGCUGUACGUGACCACGCCCCAGAGCGGGAACUCGAACUUCGUGACGGCGACGCAGAUCCCGACGCUGGUGGCGAUCGCCGGGCAGGGGACGGUCGGGUGCCUCAGCGCGAUAAACCCGACCACCAAACAGAGAACCAUCCUGAUCCCGCAGCUCACCUACACCUACGCGCCCCCUGCUGGCAGCUCCACCGCGGGCAAGACCGUACUGCUCAACGGGCACAAGGCCAUCAAGAUUGAGAAGAAGGAGAAGGUGGUGAGCGGUCAGAAGAGUGCGCCCCCCGCAGGAGGACAGGAGAACGACGACUCCAAGAAGAGGAAGAUGGGAGAUCAGGGAGUGUUUCCCUGUGACCUGUGCAACAAAGUGUUUCAGAAGGCCAGCUCCCUGCUCAGGCAUAAAUAUGAACAUACAGGAAAGCGCCCUCACGAAUGCACCGUGUGUAAAAAGGCCUUCAAACACAAACACCACCUGAUCGAACACGCCCGGCUCCACACGGGAAUCAAACCCUACGAGUGCGACAAGUGCGGCAAACGCUUCUCCCACUCCGGCUCCUACUCGCAGCACAUGAACCACCGCUACUCCUACUGCAAACGAAACCCCUUCUCCUCGUCCGCCUCCGUCUGCUCGUCCUCCGCCUCCUCCCCGCCGGCCGAGACGCAGGACCACCGCUACUCCUUCUCCGCCUUCUCCUCGCCGGCGGAGACGCAGGGCCGGAGCAACGGCGACAGCCACAGCCCCGCCCCCACGCAGCGCUCCGACAGCCAGGCGACGAGCGAGGACGACGACGAGGACGAGGACGAGGACGACGACGACGACGACGAGGAGGAGGAGGAGUACGAGGAGGAAGCCAUGUGCGUGGAGGAUAUUCGCGUGGUCCAGGUCGACGACACGGACGGCGGAGAGGAACACGCCCGGGGAGAAAACGACGAAAACGAGGAGAGCGGCGAGGAGAUGGAGGUCGAACUCGGGGAGGCUUCGGGCGCGGAUUCCGAGGAAAACGCGGAAGCCCGGGGUAAAAACUGUGACACGCGCAGAAGAGUCAAGGCAAAAAACGCCAAAUAAUGAAAUGAAAUCGAAGGAAAAAUCGCUCAAAAGACGCUCUCGACGUGAAGCGACAGGCGGAUGGUUGCUUUUUCGGCCCACUACUGUGUACAAACCGCGGCGUGCCUGAACUUGUGGAAAAAUACGAAUUAUCAGUGUUAAAAAUUGUUUAUAGAAGAUUUAAAGUUCACCCGAUGACAUUUUUAGACUUGUUACUGAAAUAUACCAGGUUGUUAUUACGGGGCGCGUCUUUACUAAACAUUACGGUAAAUUUGCAGUUCAAAAAUCCCAUCCAGUGUUAAAUUUUCCAGUCAGUUUUUGUAUUAUUUUUACUAAACGUGAAGUAAUUCCCCAUAAAAUCCAUUGUGCCAUUUAAUUUAUUGCCAAAAAACUUGAUUUUUAACACAUUGCGCCAAAAUUUUACUAAAUAAGUGUUAAAUUUUAUGAACUACCGUGACAGUAAUGAAUUUAAGUUUGUCGUUUUCUGGAAUAUUUUAACACACACUCGACAACAGACACUUCGUAGCACUUUUGACUGUUUUAUUCUUCACAAUUUGGUGUUUUAAAUUGUGUUAAUUGUGUUUAAAUUGGGCAAUAGCUGCUUUUUUGAACCACUAUUCAAUAAAAUAAGUGUUAAAAAGUUCACGUACUUAAUCACCAAGUAAUCAGAUUUUUAAAAAUGUUAAAUGUUUGCAGUAAAAUUUCACGUUUUUCAUCAUAACAACUUAAAAUGUUGGAUUCUUUUUGUUUUUUUGUUGUUUCUAUCAAAUUUCUCAAAGCGUUUUACAUUUUAGUCCAGUUUUGAAUCACAAAUUAAUCGAAAAGUGGCUUCUGCUUUUUGCCGUUCGCCUUUCUAUCCACUAAAUCGUCAAAACUACAGGGUCAGCAGGUUAUUUCUGGGGCUUUGUUCGAUUAAAGAAACUCAAAAGCUCUCGAAAAUCUAAAAUUUUAUCUGUGGGAUGUAACAAUAACUGAAAUAUCGUGAUAUCGUAGCAGUAAAAGUCUUGGUAAAAGUAGGAACGGCUUAUCAACAUCAGGAACUACAUUUCCCAUGAUUCAUUUCAGCGCAAACAACAUGAAUAGAUAUUUUUUUACAUGAAUUCCUGGGAUAAUUCACACCAAAAUCUUGUCAAGGUAUUUUAAAAGCAAAAAAUAUCGGCCUCUUCAAAAUAUCGCAAUAAAUAUCGUACCGUGAGAUGUAUAUCGUGAUAAUAUCGUACCGAGAGAUUUGGAUAUUGUUACAUCCCUGAGUUUUCUACAUCGCAAAACUGUUCUAAGGUUCAUAUUUGUAGCCGAUAUUUAUUUUCAAUUUGAAUAAUUUGCGUAAAUUUUAGAGAAAAAUGCUGAAUAAAUGCAUCGUGUAACUAAAAAAUAAUCGUUACAUCCCUAGUAUCUGUGCGUAUCUGACCCAAACUGCAUACGCAACGCUCCACCUGCAGGGGGAGCUGCAAAAACUACUAUGUAUACAGAAGAAAAGUCAUAGGAAACAAAUUGAUUUUACAUAAAGAGAGAUUAAAUGUGUAAAAAAGUGGAUUAAACUCAUGAUUCACAAGUAAAUCCCCCAAAAUAUCAAAUCUUCACGCACUCACUCACUUCUAGAAAUCCUUAUAAUCUAAAAAAACAAUACAAGUUUUGUUCAACGAGGACUACAUUGACCAAUGGAUGCAUCAAGAAUUUCGGACUUCCGGUCAUCACACAAUCCAUACUGGGAAGGAUCAUCAAACCUCCAUGUUUGUUUUCCCAGUGGGAUGUGUCUGUUGUCAAAGUCGAUCUUUUCAAGUCUUUUGAACCAUAUCACUUUUGUUUCUGGUUCUGAUAUUGUCAUAUUUUAGUUUUGGGAUUCGGACAUCGUUAAUUGUGUGACUGUUGGAUCCUAACAGCGGAAAACGACUCGAGAAACGGGCUUCGGAAGUUUGCGAACUGUGAAGCGACAUCAAAACAAAACCCUGAUCCGUCGCUCAACCUUGAUUAUGAAUUUAAAAAUUCAACGCCAAAGUCGAAAGGCACCAACUGUUCACCAAGAAACACCUUCCACUGCAAAGAGACCAAGACGUGAUGUUGCUGUAAAACCACAAGAACAAGAAAGUGCAGCUCAGUCUGUUUGUCUUCUGCUCCUCUCACUUAACAAACGGGAUUUUGUUUUGUUGUCGCUCCACAAACAAAAUGUUCUCUGCAAACUCAGGAUGAUUUCUUAGUCAGUCAAAUGUUUCCUUUUUGGUUCUUCCUGUGGAUCAAUCCUGCCCAUCGCCUUCACCUUUCACUAUUUUUCAAUUCCGUCGGGAAGAGAAACAGUUUGAACAGAGGUUUGAGUCACACACAUCUGAUUCACUUUUGCAUUUAUGGAGUUCGCAAACAAAUUUCUCGCACCGUUUUCCGCUGUUAGGAUCCAAC